UUAUGAUUUUUUUAAUAUAGGUAUAAAAAUGUUUUGUCUUUGAUAUUCGGUUCAAAAAGUAAUAUAUUAAUAUAUAGUUUUGUUAUUUUGUAUUGUGUAUAAUGAGUUCUUCACAAUCGUCGUCAUCGUUUUACAAAUCAGCAAGAAAACCUGUAGAUAAAAAAGUGCUUUAUCAUAAUCUAAAAAUGAAUAUUAUAUUUUUUGUUUUAGAGUAUGCAAGAAAUACAAAGGGUUGCACGUGAAGUUGACAAAAAUAUGAAAAAAGUGCGAGAAGAUAUAGAUAUUACAGCUACUUUAUUAAAUGCAAUUGAAAUACACGCACAGCAAGAUCAAAAUUAAUAUAAUAUUUUUUAUACAAUUUUUUAUGAGAUUUUACAAAAUCUUUUCACGAUAAUAAAUUUUGUUUCUAUUACAAAGAAAAUAGAUGACUGAAAAAAAAAAACAAACAUGAAAUUAGAAUCGAUUAAUUAGGAGACUGUUUUAACAAAAAAAAAUAUUAUAAAAACAUAGAAUUAAUUAUUUCCUAUUUAAACAAAAUAUGUAUUCAAAUAUUUUUUAUUUUUGUUAUAUAUUAUAAUGCUUAUAUUAAGAAUAAUUCAUAACUUAAAAUUAAUUAUAAUAUUAAUUGAAUAAUUUUCGUGAUCGAUGUAUUGAUCAGCUAAGAAUGAACAUGCAAUCCGUAAGAUGUCGCCUUCAUUUAUCACAUUGUGUAUCACAUUAAAAAUUCAUGCUAGUUUUUGACACACAGUAGUUAGCUUUUAUAUCGUUGAUUUUUAUUAGUUAAAUCUUUGAUACGACAUGAUUGUAUUUAAAUGAAUAUUUAUUUAGGUUCAGAAUUAAUUUAAAAGAUAAAGAUAAAAGAUGGAAAAUAUUGAAAAUAUUAAUAGAUUAGAUGGAGAAGCCAUGGAUUAUGUGGAAAACAGGAUUGAUAAUAACAAAGUUUCCCAUUUAGAAAAGAAUUUGAGCAAACGACAAUUAAAAAGGGCAAAGAAAACGGAAAAAUGGUUGGAACGAAAAAAUGAAAAAAGACGGCUAGAACGAGCUAAGGCUAGAGAAAAGCGAGCAUUUGCUCGUGCAAAUAAUAUAGAUCUUGGCCCAUCUAGAAAAGCUUUAAAAAGAAGUACUAUGGCAGAGAGUAGUUGUAAGCUUACUGUUACUAUUGAUUUAUCAUUUGAUGAUUUAAUGAUAGACAAAGAUAUCGCAAAAUUGAUUAAACAGAUAUUAAGAUGUUAUACAUUAAACAGAAGAGCAAUUGCACCUUUACAAUUUUCUUUAACAAGUUUUAAUGGCAAAUCUAAAAAGGAAAUGGAGAAACACAAUGGAUAUGAACAUUGGGAUGUAAAAUUUGAACUUGAUUCAUAUACGAGUAUUUAUCCAAAAGAUAAAAUUGUAUAUCUCACAAGUGAAUCAGAAAAUGUGAUAGAUCGACUAGAUCAUAGUUGUAUAUAUGUUAUAGGUGGCUUGGUUGAUCAUAAUUGUCAUAAAGGUCUUUGCCAUAAGUUGGCAAUGGAAAAUGGAAUAAAACAUGGUCGUUUACCAUUAGAUAAAUUUCUUCUAAUGAAAGCUAGAAAAGUUUUAACCAUUGAUCAUGUAUUUGAAAUCCUUCUUAGAAUAACGGAAGGUAAAACAUGGCAAGAAGCAUUCCUUCAAGUAUUGCCAGAACGUAAAAGAGCUCAACCAAUUACAUUUCCUCCAAAAAAAUCUGAAGAAUGUAAAACAAUGAAUGAUAUUAAAAUAGAAAAAGAUUGUGAUGAAGAUAUGUGUAAUAAUAUUGAAAAUGUAUUCAAACAAGAAUAAAGUUAUAAAAGCUUGUAA